GUGCGUAACGCGACGAAUCUUUGGCGACGGCAGACAGAAAAAACCCGAAAAAGAGAAAGUUUUCUUGAAUCAUCAACAAGAAACUACCGUUACGAUUACGAGCAAUUGUGCAAUUUGAAAAGAGGAACAGUUUAAAGUACAACAACAACAAUUCGUCAACGAAAUGGCUGUGGCUUUCUACAUUCCCGACCAGGAGAUGCUGCUGCGCAAGGCUCAGCAGCAGGAGCAGCAACUGCUGCGACAACGCGAGUCCCAAUGGCGUCUGCUGGCCACCAUUGUGCUGGAGACACUGCGUCAAUUCAUGGACUCGGUGCAGGUGGCACCAACGAAUGCCAGAGCGCGCAAGUGCGGCAAGUGGCGCAAACCAUCGCAGUAG